CAGUUCGUGAUUUUUCUUUGUUCCGAAACGAUUAUCGAGAUGAAGUCCCUUUUGUUCGUCGGUUGCCUUCUUCUUGUCGCGGAUAUGAUCCGUGGCAACCAAAAAGUGGCAGAGGCUUUUCGAGAACAGAUCGAGGCCUGUGCGGCAGAACAAGAUAUUCCGGCUGAGGAGCUGUCGAAAUUCGACAACUUCGAGUUAGAAGGCGAGGAGAAAAAGAAAUUCGGCUGCUUGAAGCUCUGUGUAAUGAAACGAUCCGAACUUAUUGAUCGAGACAACAUAAACGCUGAAAAAUACGAACAAAUGGCUGAGAAAAUAUUUGAAGGUGAUGCGGAAAGAGUUGCCGAAAGCGUGCAGAAUAUGUUAACUUGUGUCGAAGAAGCGAAAGAGAUAUCUGACGAAUGCGAAGCGGCGUUUGAAUUUUCGCGUUGCAUCGUGCAGAAGCAAAAAAAUUGAUCGAAUAAUUUGCUGCCGGAACCAAUUAUCCUUAAAACAAUUUUCAAUUAAAUAAUCAAAUCACAAUUCAACGAUUAGAACUGUGCAAACAUGC